UGGAACUAUUUUUAACAUUGGCGGGUGCAGCCAUAUUGGUCGUCAACUGGGUUUGUAGUAUCUAAAUCCUGUGCAAUCUACACUAAAUUUUAGCCAUCUGUCACGACCAUAAUGGCUGAAAGGGAGGAUCGUGUUUACCAAGCCAAAUUGGCGGAACAAGCAGAAAGAUAUGAUGAAAUGGUACAGGCUAUGAAAAAAGUAGCUGAAAUGGAUGUAGAUUUAUCAGUAGAAGAAAGAAAUUUGUUGUCAGUAGCUUAUAAAAAUGUGAUAGGAGCUCGAAGAGCAUCAUGGAGAAUAAUUAGUAGUAUGGAACAGAAAGAAGAUGGAAAGUCAACAGAAGAAAAAACUGCUAUGAUCAAAGAAUACAGAAUAUUGAUUGAAAAUGAAUUGAAGGGUAUUUGUAAUGAAGUUUUAUUAGUACUUGAAAAGCAUUUAAUAACGAAUGCUGAAACAGGAGAAUCUAAAGUUUUUUAUUAUAAAAUGAAAGGAGACUAUCAUAGGUACUUAGCUGAAUUUGCCACUGGUAAUGACAGAAAAACUGCAGCAGAAAAUAGUUUAGUGGCUUACAAAGCUGCCAGCGAUACUGCUGCAGAUGAAUUGCCUCCAACACACCCAAUUCGACUUGGUUUAGCACUUAACUUCUCAGUAUUUUAUUACGAGAUUUUAAAUUCACCUGAUAGAGCAUGUAGGCUAGCAAAAGCAGCGUUUGAUGACGCUAUAGCAGAAUUGGAUACUUUAAGUGAAGAUAGUUAUAAAGAUUCCACAUUGAUAAUGCAGUUACUGCGAGAUAACCUGACACUAUGGACAUCAGACAUGCAGGGAGAAGGAGAUGACCAACCUUCAAGUAAAGAACAACUACAAGAUUGUGAAGGGGAAGAUGGGUCGUAAAAAAUGUCUGUACUUAGAACACCGAAAAAAUAUUGAAAAAUUUGUAAUUUUCUUAUUAAACUGCUAUAUGUUAUGAUUGGACCCAGGAGGGUGGGUUCUUGUCUCUAACUCUGGCUGUAAUGAAACCAAUUCAUCCCAUUGCAAAUGUGGCAUGCUCUAACCACUUAUGCUGUUGUAUGUAUGUUAUGUAUGUAUGUAGAAUGUACAUUACACUUAUAUCUUCUUGUACCCUACACUAUUGUUUUAUAUCAAUGUAUUGUUUUCGUAUCUUUUGGUGGUUUUUGUCGAGAGUAAUGCGCUCAUGUUAUGGCCAGUGAUAGAGCCAAGGACUGAAGUUUUAUACGUUAUAUGUCUGAAGCUCACAAGUGUUAUAUUUGUCAUAAUUAUAGAGGACUAAAGCCUGCUACCAGGGUGGAAAUCCAAGGUGUAUCGUGUCCUGGCUUAAUAACAUCAGUGCUAAUAGCUGUCUCCUUAUUUACUUACUGUCAAUCAGUUAUUGGUUGACAAGAGGCAAGGAUUAGUGUUGAGUUAAAAGCCAGAGAAAAAAAAAACUUAACUGAUCAGUUGGAGCUAUAAAGAUGAACCACUUUAUUAUUAACACAGCACGAUAUAUUUGUAAAGUUGAAACUCUGGAGGACCAACUUGGAUGUCUUUCAUUGACAUCGGGGAAUUGGGGAGAACAAAUGUAGAAGUUCCAUGAUUCAAGACACAAUAAUUCCAAUGUGAUUAUUAUUACUUCUCAACUCUUGUGUAAUUUUGAUUCUUAAUUACAUUUUGUCUUAUAAAUGGAUACAUUUUCCUUCAUGGUAAUUAUUUAAACCUUCGUGGACAUGGAAUGACAAUUUUGACAUAAUUACUGUAAUAUUUACCUUGUAUGAGAAAUGUUAUUUUAAAAAGUGAUGUUUCUUAUCUUUGAUGUACUUGUAGUUGGCUCACCUUAAAGUAUAAUUGACUGUAGAACCUUAACUUAUGAUUAUUUUGCCCUGGAUAUAUAUUUUUUUUUGCACUUGAAGAUAGCUACAGUUUGUCCAUUUUCAGUUUUUAAUUUGAGACCAUUUGCAAGGGAUUAUCCAUUGUGGUUGAUAUUUAUAUCAGUAAAUUAAAAUGAAUAAAGUAAUUAUAGAGAUAGUGUGCUGUGUAUUGUGUUUUAUUGACAAAGAUUUUUUAUUGCUCAGGUUGUUCGGGAAAGUAUUUAUCACUUGUUGAAAAAGGCACCAUACUUACUCUCAAAGACAUAUGGAUAUUAAAUAGAAAAAUAAUUUUCAAAAUUUACCAUUCCAUAAUCCCUUGUUUGUGGUUGAUAUUUUGCAAAGUUUUAAUCUUUUUCCUCUUGCCUCUUCUGUUACUGUAGUUAUUGUUAGUAAAGAUCAUCUCUGAAUAUCGGUAAUAAAAUACUGGAUAUUCAUUGAAGACAUUAUCAUAGAUGUAAUUGUCCAGUGUUGUGAUUACUACCUUUAUAUGAUUAAUGUUGGUCACUGUUCUAUGUUAGUUGGCUAGCUAUAUAGGAGAAAAUGUAACCACAAUGUCAUGCUUUCAACAUUAUUAAAACAUAUUCAAGUGCA